GAGACGAAGGGCACAAGAGCAAGGAGAGCAAAACGAACAUGGCAAUAUUCAAAACGUCUGAGCUUGACAUAUCUGAUCAUAGCGCAUCUCUAACGUUGACAUGGGCAUGGAGCACUCGCGCCAUACACAGAGUUCAGCAGCUGAAUGACGUUGCACCUGAGGACAAAAUGAGGGUCAUCUUCAUCCAGAACGCCGGUUUCGUCGCUGCUUUCUCGGGAGGCAAUGACGCUGAAGGUUUCGCCUGUUAGUUUUGAGUUAAUGAUGUUGGUAGCACUUUCACCGUAGAUUAUGUGAACGGCCCAGAAUAAACGAAAGACUGUGAGAUAGAUAAUGCCAGUUACUAUACGGAUAACGAGAAUAGAAUAGCCCGAUGUUUUAAUAAACCUAAAUAUUGUUUCUUUUUGGAUUGCUCAAUUUUGAGCAUCAUUGUCCAUACCCGAGGAGACAUCAAUCGAAAGUGGAUUCAGCUUCUGACAUGCAUUGGUCCGUCGAAUUCUGAAUACAUAUUUAGAGGACUGUUGCCCUAGAAUAUAACUUUAUAGUUAGACAUAUAUAAUAUGCAUUGCAUUAUGUAUCAGACGCGUCAAGACAGAUGAUGUCUCCUUUGUAAUCUUUUGCUUUUUUAUUUAAUCGUAUAAUAAUGACUCACUCUUAUAAGGCGACAAAUGGAUGAAUAGAUGUGGAGAAUUCUUUGAUCUGAAAAGAAUUAACAAAGGCAGUGAUCAUUAGACAAUCGGAAUAAUGUAUAUGUUUAAUAAUAUAAUAUUUACGCAUUGUUCCUUGUAAUUUAUUGUAUUUAUUACGACUAUUAUUAGGCCUAUAAUAAAGUAUUACUAUAAUAUCAAUAUUUGUAACAAAUAGCUUAGUUUAAUAUCUUUAACUGUGGGAAGUUAGUUUUAAUACUUCCCUAGAGAAGAUGGAUACAACUUUUCUCUCGGCCCACCGAGGGCUGACCCGUCCUGAGUCCAAACAAACCCUCACCUCAUCGGGUAAGCCAUCUGGAGGCGACCUGUCCCCGCCACCGCUACCUGUCGGUCAUUCAAUGGCAGAGACACCGGCAGCUGGCGAUGGCAGCAGGAGAAAUUCAGGCUUCAAGAAACACCACCACAAGCAUAACCUGAAACAUCGCUACGAAUUGCUCGAGACUCUAGGAAGAGGGACCUAUGGCAAAGUAAAGAAGGCAAUUGAACGAAACUCAGGGAGAGAGGUGGCUAUCAAGUCCAUCCGGAAGGAGAAGAUCAAGGAUGAGCAGGAUAUGGUUCACAUCCGCAGGGAGAUAGAGAUCAUGUCAUCCCUAAAACACCCCCACAUCAUCUCUAUUUAUGAAGUGUUUGAGAACAAGGACAAGAUCGUGAUCGUGAUGGAGUACGCCAGUAAGGGUGAGCUGUAUGACUAUAUCAGCGAGCGCCGGCGCCUGAGCGAGAGAGAGACGCGACACUUCUUCAGACAGAUAGUCUCUGCCGUGCACCACUGUCACAAGAAUGGGGUGGUGCACAGGGAUUUGAAACUGGAAAAUGUGCUACUGGAUGAAAACUGUAACAUUAAGAUUGCUGACUUUGGGCUGUCCAACCUCUACCACAAGGACAAACUGCUGCAGACUUUCUGUGGCAGCCCACUCUACGCAUCACCGGAGAUAGUCAACGGAAGACCUUACUGUGGCCCAGAGGUGGACAGCUGGGCUCUGGGGGUGCUGCUGUACACCCUGGUCUAUGGGACCAUGCCAUUCGAUGGAGGAGACCACAAGAACCUCAUCCGCCAGAUAAGCAAUGGAGAGUACAGAGAGCCCACCCAGUCCUCAGAUGCCCGUGGUCUGAUCCGCUGGAUGUUGAUGGUGAACCCAGAGCGACGGGCCACAGUGGAAGACAUCGCCAACCACUGGUGGGUGAACUGGGGCUGGAAGAGCAGCGUGUGCGACUGCGAGACCCAGCGGGACAACGGCACCUCCUCUCCCAUGCUGGCCCGCUUCAUCGACUGGCAGAACCGGACAGAGCCCCGGCCGGGCAAACCCACCACCCUGCUGCCCCUGGUCCUCCGCCAGCGCCCCAAGAAGUCGAAGAAGGAGAACGAGGUGGGGGAUGGGCCCCACGUUGGAGGGGAGGGGGACAAGUCUGGGCUGAAAAGGCCCAAGGGGAUCCUGAAGACCCGGGUGACAGAGGAGCAGCAUUCGCCCAGCCUGGAGGAGGUGGAGCUGGGGAGCGGUGGAGCGAUGAUGGGCAUCAGGCCAGCCGAGGUAGAACCAGCCUGCUCUAGCCCCAACAGAGAGGCGGAAGAGGAGGAGCCCGCCCUGGCAGGGGGCUCGCCGGCCAAGAUGGUGCCCACCCUCCCCAGGAAGGGCAUCCUGAAGAACAACCAACAACGGGAAUCAGGGUACUACUCCUCCCCGGAGCGCAGUGAGUCCUCCGAGCUGCUAGGGGGUGCCGCCAUGUCCCUGGUUACCGCCUGCAGCUCCCCGCCCAGGAGAGUUGUGGGGAGGAAGGGCAUCUUGAAGCGCAACGGGAAGUAUUCCACCUACAGCGGCCCUCCCUCGGCUGGUGCUCUUGGGGAACCCUCCCAGGGUGACUCGGGCCUGUCCCGCAGCCAGAGCCGUCCAUCCAGCAUGGUGUUGGAGGAUGGCGUCCUGUCCCCCAGGCUGUCCCCCGACUGGCCCCCCACCGCCCUGCACCGCCCCAACAUCAGGGCCUGUGUGUCAGCCGAAAAUCUGCUGCAGCUGGCCAGCUUCAAGGGUUUCCAGGUGGCCCCUCUGCUCCAAGGGUCAAAGUUCAGCCGGACCCCCAGAUCGCGGGGGUCCCCGGGGGACAACGGCAGCUUCUCCCUGCUGGGGGACCUGGACGACAUGACUCAGGUGUACCAGCAAGCCCUGGACAUCAGCAGCAACCUCACCUAGCCGAGGAGGGCCCGGAGGGGGAGAGAGGAGGCAGCCAGGUGGCCAGGUUGAGGCUAUAACAUCUGUCUCUGUUGGUGUGUGUGUGUCUGUGUGUAUGUGUGUGUACAUGUAUGUGUAUGUCAAUGACGACCAGUGAGCCGUAUGUUGCUGGGAUAGCCUACCUAAACCUUUUGGGAGGUUAUAGUUUUCUUACCGGGGUUCAAACUAUAUUAAACACACACUCAUAAAUACAAUAUAUUCCUAUUAUGUACUUCUCAGGCCAAAGGAAAUUCAGUUAGCAGGGUUUUGAAACGUUGUGAGUGAGAGAAAAAACAACUGGCACGAGAGAAUGCGAUCCCAGCCUUCCUCCUCCGUCCGCCCGUAGACUUUGCUGUGUUCAAAUGUUUACAUAUUCAGCAAAAGACAAGUUAGAAUCACAUACGCAGCAACCAGAAACUGGUUGGCUCUCAAAGCGAACCAUGAAUUGAGUUUGAGUUUACAAAAGCACCUUAAAAACUCACACAGAGCACAUGUUUUUGUGAUCUUUUACUUCAUGUAAAAAACAAACCAGGGUCUUGCUCCAUAAUAACUGACAAUGUUAAUUAUUUAUUAAUAUUUGCGUAGAUUUUAGUUUGAAUACAAAACUGGUGGGUUCUGGCAGUACUGAAAUAGUCCAAAGCUCAAUGUGACCAACCCUUUGUGUGGAUUGUGGAACUGACAUAUAUAAUUAUUAUGUUACCCAAGAAAGUUAAACAUAUAUACAUUAUAUAUUAAUAUGGCCGCAUAUGUAAAACAUUUGGCUACGUAUAUCACCAUAAAAGCGUAUGUCCUAUAUAUGAGCAUAUGAUAUAAGUGCCUUUUAGAUCUAAAUGAAAUUAUGUAUGUCAUUUCCUGAAAGUGGAGUGAGAUGGAUGCCAGGCCAACCUGUCACCAGUUAUGCUGUUUUGAUUCGUAUACAUGUGAAUGUGGUGAGAGAGAGAGAGACCCAGGACCUUAACGGAACACACAGCGGCCUAUUGCCUUACACAGUCACAUGUCAGGGGUCACACAGACCUAAAACAGCAGUUGAGAUGAAACAGUCCAAUCUCCAUCCCAAAAUACACACUGCCAGGAACAAGAACCAAGCCCAGAGAGAUGACUGAGUCUUAAACAAUAAGGCUUUUCGUGCAGUGCUUUCUUGCUUGAUGUGUCAGCAGUUUGGUGAUUUAGUUAAACACAAGGCCUGGUCAGGCCAGCUCGAGGGGUCUGGAGCUGCUCACCUUCGAAGGUAGAUGGCCCAGAAACCUUCUCAUAGCCCCGGAAUGUUCCUGGCAAAUAAAUAGCCAUGUCUGUGGUUGUUUUGUCUGUAUGCCUGUAGUGCAGUGCUGGAGUUGCCUCUGCUGAGGCCUUCUCACUCAAUUGGCAUAACUUGGCUACAGACUCAUACCAGCUGGAAAUGGCAGAGAAAGCCUACGAGUCGUGUACACAAUGCUCAGAUUGUUAUCUGUGGAUAUUGUUAUAGCCUAGUUAAAAUUUAAACCAUCCCCCUCCAACUCCACAAAGGGCUUAGUAGAAGGAUGUGUUUCAGUGCUCUGAUGACACAGCACAUUCCACAGACAAUGGCUGGAGACGUGUUGGUGCGGGAGAUGUUAUCAGCACCAGGCAGGUGGGUUCUGUGGUCUGUGCUGUCAGGUCUCCAGCUGUGUGUACAGGGCCAUUAUGUCAAAUAAGCACAAUUAGCCAGCUAUUGUUUUUAUUAGAGGGCGGUAGAGUGUAGUAGAGAGAAACAUAAUAAUGGUAGAGUGAAAGAGAGAGGUAGAGUGUAGUAGAGAUUUUAGAGGAAAACAAGUGUUAGAGUGAAAGAGAAUGUUCUUAGUGAUGGUGAGAUUUGAGAGGCCUUUCCUGUUGGAAAGGGUGAAAGAAUUGAGUUGUUGAGUUGAAGGAAACAGAUAUGUAGACUAGAGAAAGUAACAGAGAAAGUGAGUUCUGAGGGGAAAGAAAGGAAAUGGAAAGUCUUUUUUUAAUAAUUUUUUUUACCAAAGAUGAGAAGCUUCAUUGAUGCAGGGGAUGACAUGGAUUGGGUACUGUAUGUGCCCCUGGAACCUUUAUGAUAGCUGGGAAACCCCAUCUGAAAAUGAAUUCAUUUCGCAACAAUAAUAGCCUGACAGGCUUUUAUUAUGUUUUUUUGUGUUAAGAGAUUGUUUUAGGCCAAAAGCUAGAGGCUGGCAAAGCAACUUGUUUCAUGGGCUGAGUGUGUUCUGUGGAGUGUGUCUGUUCGACGUAUUUAGAAUGGUCUUAGUGUGCAACACAUUUCAACUGGGAUGGAGAGGGAGAUCUGUGACUGAUACAUUGGAUAUAUCAUCAGAAUAUGUGUAUGGAAAACCAUAGCAACCCCCAAGCAACAAAAUUAACAUGUUGAAUGAUUUCAAAGGUCCGCUAGUGCAAAGUCCUGGUUAUUGAUUGAAACGACAGACCCGUUCCGUAUUAUAUUGCAUUUUAUUGCCCUUUGUAUGGCCUUUUAUUGUCAACUGGAUUUACAGUGAUAAAAUUAUACUAUGUUAGUAUUUUGUUUUAUUACGCUUCUGUUUUUGAUUCUCCAAAAUAUAGAAACUUUAUAUUGCUUUAUGUUAUGGCAGAAAGUAUUUCUUCCCUGAGUUUGGCCGUACGAGAUCAGAGGACUGAUCUGACAUCAGUGAGAUCUCAGUGUUUCCCCUGUUUUUGGUACACCUGAGGGGUCAGAGCAGCUGACCGGAGUCAUAUUGCAGAGUGUUUAGCUGUGAACUUACAUCAGAUAGAGAGUCAACUUACCAAUACAGCCUGGUGACCCAACCACAGAGAACAGGGCAUUUAAACCUACCCCCUUCCAAAGAAAGAGGUGCCCAUUGACACCACUCAAAGGGUAAAUCCAUGGCUUAUUAUUAUGAUAGUAAUCUCUCUAAAAUGCUAACACAUAUUAUCAACACAGAGAUAAACACGUACAUGUAUGUGCCAUCACAUUGACAACCGCUUGUUUGAUCCCAAAGGAGUAGUCAGAGCCCAUCUGUACCAAAGCAAGGAGAUCCUAAAUAAAGGAAUGACACCAGGAGAAAACAAUGGAAGAAAUCUGAUUAAACUCUCUAUCUGCCAAACUGGAAAUAACUGGUGCAUAUACAAUAGUUAGUAGCAGAAAGUCUAAUCAUAGGAAAACUUGACUGGAUAUUGCUAUUAAGACAAUAAUAAUAGUAUUAUUAUGUUAUUUAAGUAUUAUUUUUGUUGGCUAUUGCCACAGUUAUGAUUUUGUUUUGGUAUCAGUUGAUGAACCUGGACUGCUAAGGUGAUUUAAGUUGAGUGACUUUGCUAUCUUUUAUGAUCAUGUUUAAUUUGAUGAUAAUGAGAAUUAUUAUCAAGGUGUUUUUUAUACUUGUAUUUAUUGGUGAUUAAGCCAUUUCAUUUGACGAAUAAAGCUACUCUGUCCAUGCUUUGGCUUGCUUGGGAGUGUGUUGAUGGCAUAAAUGGAGAGAUACCAUUGUCUGGGAUAUAGCAUUGAGGGAGUGAAGAUGACAUUUCAUUGUGAAAGCAUUGUUCAAGUAUAUGUUUUGGAGUUACAAACAAUCAGAUUUCAUCAUAUAUGACUAAGUCUUAAGAAAUGUUAUUGGAAGGAACCAAACUUCAUUGGUCCCUCUACUACAAACCAUGCUUCUGUAGUACUGUACCAACUCAAAUAAAUGGAUCACGUCAAAGAA